AUGGAAGAGAACGUCAACCCCUCGUACAGCCGUGAAGCUCCUCUCCACGAAGAAACAAACGACAAUGACCACGAAGCUGACAACAACAAACACCUCUGGACUACGCGUGCAGCGGCAGCAGAAAACUCCGUCGAUAUUCUCGACCUGGUCACCAUUACUGACGCUGAGCGGUUCCACCUGAUCUCCCGUCAUUUCGCCGACCCUUUGGUAUUCGAACCCAAACACCUGCCGACACCGCUGUCUACUCCUGGGUCGUUCUUUGAACAAUGGUUCCAAGCUGACCCGGCUAACGCUGAAGCGUUCUCUUCGCCUGCCUCCCAACAAGCUGGACAGGCCAGGACUGCUAGAGCCACCCUCGACAUCUACUCGCCGUUAAAUUGGGAUACGCCGACACCAGUGGGACGUGUGCCAAUAUCAUCGUUUGGAGAACACCGGCAUCAGUCGCCGCCGUCGCUGCCUUUAGUACCGUCAGCUCCAGUGCAACAGACUCACCCAGUGCAGAGAUUGUGGGCGCCGUCACCGCCAUCACUGGACACACGCCAGGAUACGCCAAUCCCCACGGUUUCUUCCGUGUUUGGCGGUGUGGGUCAGGUCUCGCAAUCGACGUUUACCUCGCCGCAAUUACCUAAAGUAAAGGAAGAACCAGAGGAGGAACCAAACGACUUUCAGGUCUACGAAUCUCAUCUGCCCCUGGAUGAAUUACAGGUCCCGGUUUCUCAACCACCUAAGCCCUCUAUCCUGGCUCACCGCCCUAAGGAGCCCACGCCCCAAUUACCGACUCCGGGGGUGUCUACCACCUUAAACAAAGGCUCUCUGGUUGAGACCGGUACAACUCGAGGCAAUCGCUUGAGAAACCUAGUGCUUGCGAAGAUCCCCAAGCCAUACAAGUGUCCCCUGCCCCGCUGCGGCGUGAACCACGAGUAUGCUAAAAUCUCUCAUUUCCGCCGACACUUGUAUACCCAUUUCGAGUUUGCUACCCUUAAGGUUACUCGGUUGACUCACUUGCUGCUGAUGGAUGACUCUGUCGGUGUCUGUGAGUGUGGGCUUUACCUUACGGGACUCGACUGGCUCGCCCAUAUUUUCAGUGGGUGCUCAGUAUACACGCCGGUGAUGGUAAAAUCUGAAGCAAAACUGCCAUCCUCCACCUGA